UAAAGUGCAGCUCCUGUGCAAUGGAGAUUACUACGAACAAAAGGAAGGAGUAGCCAUGGGAAGCUUACUCAGUCCGGUGGUAGCGAACCUAUUCAUGGAGAAGUUUGAGGAAACAGCGUUGAGCACCGCACCCCUUAAACCAACGAUCUGGUACCGAUAUGCACGUUCGUGCUAUGGAGGCAUGGACGCAAAAAGCUGGACAUCUUCCUCGACCAUCUAAACAAACAGCACCCAGGUAUCCAAUUGACCGUGGAAGUUGAACAAAACCACCAAUUGGCCUACUUGGAUCUUUUGAUGUCUAGGCAGAGGAAUCGUUUGGACCACAAGGUAUAUCGAAAAGCCACCCACACGGACAGAUAUCUUCACAAGCUGUCUAACCACCAUCUGAGUCAGAAGCAGGGAAUCAUUAAGCCUCUUACGGAUAGAGCCAGAAAAAUAUGUGGACUACAACAUCUAACCACAGAACUACAGCACUUGGAAAAAGCUGUUCUUCAGAACGGAUAUUCCCAGUUGGACAUCAAAAAAGCUGUAGGAAUGGGCCGUGCUGAAAAAAGUGAAUAACCUUGAAAGCUUUCCUGCCCUUUGUUCCCAAGGUUAGAGACAGAAUUGGGAGACUCCUGAGGAAACACAACAUAAGAUCGUUCUACAAGCCCACAACAAAGAUCUGAGAAUGUCUAGGGUGAGUUAAAGACAGAAGAGCAACUGCAGGAAUCUACCGCAUUCCAUGCUCCUGUGGAACCGUCCAUAUAGGAACUACUAAGAGAUCGGUUGCGACAAGAAUAGAAGACCACCGACGGAAUUAUAAACUGGGACUUAUGGAAAAGUCGGCAGUGGCAGAACAUGCGCUCAGCGAUGGAACACACAACAUAUAUUUCGGAGAAGCACAGGUCCUAAUCGGUAUCGCCCCCGACUAAUACGAGAAGCCAUUGAAAUCUACAAACAUGACGACAAUUUCAACACACAGGAAGAGACAACGGCGCUAAACAGAAUAUGGUUUCCAUCUCUUUUGAUAAGGCAGGAAAACUUUCUACAUUGCAUCACAUAACAUCCGCACGAUGGUACUCGAUGAACAUCUUAAUGAAACUAGGAGAUGUGGUGAAGCUGCAACCAUCCUGAAAUCAGGGAAAACUCCGACUUCCAGAGAAACUCCGACGUAAAUGCUCAUAUCGGCGGUGUAGCCCUGCUGAUUCACAGAAAUGUAAAAUAUCUUCGGAUAUUAAGAUACGGGCGGUCUCAGAUAGAGUAAUCUAUGCAUGUCUCAGGAUUAAUAGCAGACUCCAGCAGCCAGGUUCUAUAAAAGCUCACGCCCACCUCUGUCUCGAGAAAUGAAGAAAAUGAACAAUGCUAUGAAGAAAAGACUAAGAUCACGGUCAUAGUGGGAAAUUUUAAUGCUAAAAUUGGAGCAGAAACUGCUAGAGGUCCUCCGUACGUCGGACCUUUUAGCUUGGGUGAGCUGGGAGAGGGGUGGUGGGUGAGACUGAGUACUGUCUGAAUACCGUUUUUAAAUUGCAAUCAAAUAGAAAGUGGACCUAGAGAAGCCCAGAAAUUAAGUAGAAAAACGAAAUUGACUACGUCCUUGCACAGACAGACGCAUAUGUUGAGACGUGUCAUUUCUGAAUCGGUUUGAUACCAGCAGCGACCACAGAACCGAAAGGAGCGACUACCGACAAGAAAAUCUGCCCCACAAUGGCGGAACUUAAAGGGAAGGACGAAGACGACAGCGCCCAAAUUGACAAGAAACUACGACCAACUGAGGAGCUACGGAAAAUGAAUGUUAACGCGUUGUCAAAAAAGAUCACAACAAGCAUCCGAACUGCAGUUAGGGCAGUCUGUGCGCUGCAGAGACCAGCAAACACAGAAAACAGCCCAGACACUGAGGUGCUGAUCGAAGCAAAGGGAGACUCGCCGAGGUAUGCGGACUUGAACAGAAGAGUCAAGGAAGCUAUUAAAAAAGACUGUGAAGAGUACAAUACGAAAUUGAUCAAGGAAGCCAUUGAGAAGAACAACAAUUUGAGAGUUUUGGGCUCCGCACUGUCGACGGGGAAAACUACAACAUGUAAAAUGAAAAACGACCGAUAAGAUGUUGUUACAGAUAGGGACAAAAUCACGGAAAUCAUCGAAAAGUUUUUUCGCAACCUCUAUGACCGGGCAGCUCAACCCCAAGGUGAUCCAAAAACAUAAACAAAACUAUACUACCUUAUCGCACAGUUAUUGAACUUUUUUGCAGUUUCACUGCUGUAGUGUUUAUCUGUCAAACACCACUCAAUAAUUAAUUAUUUUAGCCAUCAAUCAUUUUUUUUUGACUGUAAAAAUGGAGUCAAGAAGCAAACUGGCCGAAAAGAGAAAGUUGCGCAAAAAAGAAAUAAUUGUUGGUUCGCUCGUUGUUACUUGUAUCCUGGUAAUGGUGUUUUCCAGCUAUCAAGCGAGAUUGAUUCUUGACCACUGUGGAAGAGAUUUCAGACUAAGCCAUUUAUCCUAUCCGUUUUAUGAACAACUUACUAUGACUUUCCUGGAAGUGGCGUUGUCCAUUGCAGGACUUAUUGGACUAUGGACGAAAAGGGGUGCAGUAUAUUUUGUGGCCAUUUCGUUUUGGAUUUGUACUGUGAUGAUUCAGCAUUUUGCUGAUCUGCUCAUGGGCAUUAUAUACCUACUUUCGUAUGGGCACGGCCUCGAUGGGGUAGAGAGAUUUCUCCGCCGAAAUUUUGAAAACCUCAAAGAGUCUAAUAUUUUUGCCACUGCCAAGAUUAAUCGUAUUCAGAAAUGCAAACAAUGUUGCGGUAUUAACGGAAUUGACGAUGAUUAUGUUCGAUUGUCAAACGAUACUCUAAUUUCCGGCUGUUGUCCUCCUGAUACUAUUUUACCAUGCACUCGAGAAAGAGCAUACAAGGAUGGAUGUGCCCUCAAGUUGCUAGAAGAUGAGUAUAACAUUGGAAUUUUUCACGCUUUGAGUGCUGUUAGUAUUAUUUUUCAGUUUUACAAUUAUAGAGCGUCUUUGAGUGCGUUUGUGUAAACUACUACUAGAAACUUAUGAGCAAUUAGGCAUUAUAUUUUGUUUAAUCAUAAGGUGAAGAAUAAAUACAUUUCAGUUCA